AACAGCAGAGCAGCUCAGUGUUUGUUCAGUCUGUCAAUGAGUAAACUUGCAGCAGGGACAACUCCCCACAUACAGUAUCUGAACCUGAAGUCACAGCUGUCUGCACGCAGGCGUCAGUCAGGAUGGUUAAAGUGCUGCUUCAACUCUCACUGAGCUGGAACUGAGAGGACGAGGUUGGACUUCUUUACGGAUUCCAUAUUCAAAAAGAGCAGGAACUACCUGUAGUUAAAGGACGCAAGAACAUAACACACGUGAUCAUGGCUGCAGUCGGAGCCGAGGUCACCGGGGCGUGGUUCCUGUCUUCAGGAGCUGUCGGUUUCUUCAUCCUCCUCCUCGUCCUGUCCGUCUUCCUCGCAGCUCUCUGCAGCAACUGCAACAGACGUUCAUUUGAGCUGCGAGAUUCUCGGGAGGACAAAAAUCCUUCGGCUCUCAUCACAGUGGUGAAACUGGAAGACACCAUGAUGGCGAGAGAGAAUCCUACCAUCAGUGAGAUCCGGAGCGACGAAAAGGAUGUCCAGACCAAUGGCGGUGCGUCCGUGAUGGAAACGGGAGGUGAUUCCAACGCCGCCGGUGAGUCAAAUCCCGGAGAGGAAAACUCGGUGCAGUUCAUGCUGUGGAGGAGCCACCUGGGGGCGUCACAGAAACAAGAUGGGGACGGCCUCGGAGGAGGGCGGAGCAAUGCUGACGUGUCAUCGCCGCCGACCAAUCACGAGCCGGCAGUGCUGGAUUCAAACGACCGAGACAGAAAUUCAGUUUACGCUCAGGUCAGCAAAAAGGGGAGACGGGCCACGCCCCCGGUCCAUACACCUGAGGUGGCGCAGGUGGAGGAGGAGGAGUCUUCACCUCCACUGCCUGUGAGGACGACAGAGAUGGAGGGAUGAUGGAUGAAAGACGUAAAACAAAAGAUGCAGGACAAACGAUAAAAGACAGAGGACGGAGGUUAAGGAUGAAAUAUUACAGACCAAAGAUGUAAGACGAAUGAUGAAGGAUGAAAGAUGGACACGUCUCAAGGAUGAGGGACAAAUUACAAAAGAUGAAUAACAAAGGAAAAGGGUCAAGGAUGAGACAUUAAAAAGAUGAGAGACAAUCGACGCAUGUGACAAAGAAAGAACCAAAGAUGAAGGAAGAGAAAUGAAAGAAAUGGAGGACAAAGGAUGAGGGACGAGGACGAAACAUGAAGGACAACAGAUGAGUGAUAGAGGAUGAAAGAUAAGGAACGAACAACAAGGGACGAAGGACAAAAGACAGAAAUGAUACAAACCGCUGUAAAAAGUUUUAGUCUCAGUUGAUUUGUGAAUAUUGUCAUGAAGAAACCCUCUGCCCGUUUUUUAGUCCUGCACUUAAAGGCAGUUGUGGGACUCAGAUCAAAACAGCGCCGCAGAGGACGAGACGUCCUGGCUUUUGGUUGAAAAACAGUGGGUCCUACAUUUCCCACAAUGCAACUGGUUAGUGUCUUCAUAGGCUGAGGGGAAUCUUAAUGUGUAAAAGGGGUGGAAUUCCAGAUUACAGUCCAUAAACUACAUAUCACAGUUUAUCAUAAUGCCAAUCAUUGUCCAGUCACUCAUCAAUUUUUAAAUUGAUUUCCUUCAUUCCAGGUACCGUCGCUUUCAUUUUAAUACAAUAAAAACCAGUCCGCAGGGAUGUGCA